AGGGACACUACCCAGAGAGAGUCACACAGAAACACAGAGCACACAACACAGAUAGGCUAUGCAUGGACUCGGCUAGGCUACAGGGCAAAUCAAAUUAGACAUAUCUGGAUAUAUUUCUUGGCAGAGAAUGACAUGAGUGAAGCAAAGGUAAUGUUGAUGCUAAUGAGCAAGGGUGGGUCUCUGCAUGGCUGCUUAUAGUUCUGAAGCUCUAUAAUAACUGUAGUUGUGAUGGAGUAUGGCACUGUGUGUAACCCACAGGCAUUGUUGAAAGUGAGCCCUUUGAGGGAAUCAUCGCAGCUCAGUGGUGGACUUCUGAUUUGCAUGCAGAAGGUUCUACGUUGGUGGAUUGUGAGAGAGGAAACUCUGCUUUCCUUUCUCAAAGUAGGCUAAGCAGGACCCCUCCAAGAACUGGGUGGUGGUGAUGGUUGUUGUGAUCAGGGAAGUUUCUGCUUCUUCAACUGCUGCUGUGUGCCACUCUUUGUGUAAAGUGACAGGAAAACCCACCUGGCUGAGAAAUGAGACAUGCGUUCUCCUUAAAGCUUAUGUUGAAGCUAUGAUAGCAGUCCCUGUAGGUAGACCUCUAAGCUAAGUAAGCUACCAUUUAGGGCCUCAGAUUAAGAGGAGCCUUGAAAUAAAAACAACUGAAUUUCAGAUUUACAUAACUGGUUACAAAAUACAGUGGUACCUCAUGUUACAUACUUAAUCCGUUCCGGAGGUCCAUCAGUAACAGGAAACCACUCGUAACAUGAGGCGCACUUUCUCUAAUGGCACCUCCCACUGCUGUCGUGCCACCGGAGAGUGAUUUCGGUUCGCAUCUUGGGGCAAAGGUCACAGCAAGGGGCAUCUACUUCCAGGUUAGCAGAGCGCGUAACCCGCAGCAUUCGUAAGGGGGACGGUAGAUAACACGAGGUACCACUGUAAAGAAAAUGAGAAAAACAAGACUCUGUAGCUGACAUUAUCGUUCUGUUAAUGACAAAAAUAAUGUGCAAGGCAUAUUGUGGCUCUUUUGGAGGCUCAUGGUAACAAACUACUGAGGUCAUCUGAAAAAAGAUUGAACUGAAAAAUAUCAACAGUGAACUCUGGACAACAAUACUACAAGAAAAACUGUCUGAACUAAGCAUUAUGUGCAAUUAUUUUGCUUCUGGAAGUUAAACAAAAAUUCUAAAAGAAUGUCAUUUCUGCCAGCAGAUUUCUGAAGCCUUUACAGCUGUCAACAUAGGAACCAAAAAUGCCAGGUAAGUGUUCUUAAGUUAAGAGAAGUGGGGUCAACCGGGAAGGGAGCAUGAAACAGGGUGGCAACUUACACAUCACCCAAAAAAGAGGAGUAUUUGUAUACAUCUGCAUGUGUUAAGUUAAUGGUCAGAAUUCAACAUCUGGAGAUUCUCCAGACACACUGACCCAUGCUGAGCCAAUUUCAAGGGUGUGCAAGAAGCCAAUUUCAAGGGUGUGCAAGAAGCCCUGCUGCACAAAUGGAAAUCCUUCUUUAGGUCUUCCACUUUAACUUGAAAACAUUUUCUUCUUAGAUCCCAAGUUUGCAAUAACUAAGGUACUGCAUAUUAUCUUUUAAUAUCCCAACUAGGGACAGUUGGAUAGCAGCAAAAGGAGCCUCCAUCUUCCAGUCCAGGCAUACAAAUAUAUGGUUGAGAGAACAAAUUAACUGCCUCAUUACGGAAGGGAACAACAUCAAGGCAAAUAUUUUGGAUUUGCAAGGAGCUAUGAAGAACAUGAAAGCUGAGCUCAAAAGGCACGUGUCAAUAAUCAAUGUGGUGUUGAGCGAAUGUCUGAUUCCAGCUUGGGAACAAUUAUUUUUCAGAAGGUUUGAACCUUACCAAGUUUUCCCUGAAAACUUCACAAAAAUCAGUUGCAUGCUAUAAAACCAGUGAUGUGAUGAGGGCAAUUCUGAUGGUUGGUGGUGUUUUCUCCUGGUUAACCAGGUGCUGGACCCUCCUCCACCUGUCAUACACAUCUGGACUGGUGGGAAAGAGCUGCCCUCCCAACAUUGAUAUCAUUGUAGUGAGAGAGCCCAAUGGUCCACUCCAGUGGGAAAUGUCACACUUGAGCAUCUUGCCCCAUCAUCCCCAUUGGGAAAAGAUGCUCUUGCAUCAUUUCUUGAUGCAGGUUGCAGGAGCAACCCUUCUCUGGUGGCCUCUAUGUACUCCCUCUUUCCCUGUAUGAGGCUUUUAUUUUCCUUGGAGGAGGGGAAUGAGAUAGCAGGUACUAAACACUCAAGGGGGACACAUGCUUUGGAGGGCAAGCAUUUUGGUUCUCACCCAACACUGCCUGCUUUUGAAAAGUGUCUGGGAGCUUCAUUUGGUGCAAAUACAGCUGCAGGAGCUAGAAUGUUGACAUGAUUCCAGUUCUCAGUUCAUGUUGAUGGUUGGAGGUAGUUAGGCUUCUGAAUACCAAUUGCUGGAAACUGUGGGAGGGGAAAGGGCUCUUGUGCCCAUGUCCUACUUGCAGGUUUCCCACAGGCAUCUAGUUGGCCACUGGAUGCUGGACUAGAUGGGUCAUCUGCCUGAUAUUCUGUUCUUAUUUGCCCUAUACCACUUCAUUGGCUCUGAAUUUGUUUCCAGGGACAAUUCAAAAGGUUGGCUUUGACCAUAAAAGCCCUAAAUGUUCUUGUUGUUCUUGCUAUUUAUUUGAUACCUUACCUACCUUUCACUGUAAGGUCCUACGGUGGAUUAUAUUAAUUUAAAAAUACAAUAUGAAAAUCCAUUUCAAACAAAUUACAGUCAAAGGAAUGUGAGGUGGGCUUUUGCACUAGCAUUAUCUGAAGGAUAAUAAUCCCCCCCCAUGGCUUUCCCCCAUGUGACCCAACCUUCAUGUUCUGACUGUCUAGUGAAGAGCUGCUCUAUGCCCUACCCUGAGCUGAUGGCAAUAUGGCAGGUGAGAGAGGGCCUUCUCAGUGGUGGCACCUGGGCUUUGGAGCCCCCUGACCUGGGAGAGUUGGAUGAUGUCCCUCCCCAUUUCUGCCUUUCCUGGAGAAGCAAAACUGGUGCUGUUGCUCAGAUGAGCAACUGAUUAAAGCACUCUCUAGAAUAAGCUUAACUCUUCGUUUCCCCUGCACUUAAAUAUUUUUGGAUGGUGUAACAUUGUUGCUAUUUUAAAUGUUAUUCUUAUUUAAGUAAUUUGUAUACUUCUUUAUUCAUCAGUGGUUUACUGUGAUAGUUAGCUGCCUUGAUGGUCUUGUUUGGGGCAGAAUGGGGGGUACAAGUCUUUGAAUUAUUAUUAUUAUUAUUAUUAUUAUCAACACUACCAUCAUCCUUACCUCAACCAUAUACAGGAUAAAGCAAGCUGAAGAGAAAAUAACCUAUUUAGAAACAGAGAUUGAAGCCACAAAGAAAAAUCAGGAAGAAGAGACUGUAACAGCAUCUUUAGAGGAGCAGUAUCUUAAAAAGCUGGUAGGCAAAAGAAAUCUUCCUGAUCAGAGUUUAAAGAGCGUGUGUGUGUGUGUGUGUGUGUGCACGCGCACGCGCGCGCACACACACACACACACACACACACACACUGCAUGUCAUCAUUAAAACAACAAAACCCAAAGAUUUGUUGGCUAGGUGAACACUGUCUGGUGAUAUUAUUCCAUAAUCAUUUUUUAAAAAGAACAACUGUAUUGGUUUUGGACAUUUACUAGUGUGGUAUUUUCCGUGGAGUCAAUAGCCUCCAUCAACAGCCUUCACCAAGCUGAUGACUUUCAGAUGUUAUAGACUACAACUCAUACUUCCAUGUGGCUUUGGGGUGUUGUAAUCCAAAACAUCUGUAAGGCACCACCUUGGUCAAGGCUGUCCUACCAUGUAGGUGGCAAACCAAAAGCUUGUGUAUUUCUAUAGCAUGAAUACUUCAGUUAAUAUAGAUUCCAUUCUGUAGGCCUCACCAGGUAUAGACCUAUUUGUAUUCAUCAUUUCAUCUGCUGUGCAAAGAAUAACUUACACAAAUCUGAGGGAGAGCCUUGUGAAUGGGAGGCUCAUUGCCUACAAAUAAAGGAGAUUGCAAAAGCAAUCGCCUGGAGGCUUUCCAUAUUGCCAUCUGUGGACAGAUAUUUAUCAUGCGGAUCCUCUGGUGUUUCCCCACACCACUACAAAACAGGAAAGAGGGAGGACUGCAGCAGAAGACACUUGCUGUUGUUAUGGCAUCUGCCUGGACUAGCACAGCACAGGAAACUCAUUUUGCAUCAGCCCAAUCAAAUUCAGCAGUCCUAGAACUUAGAAUUGGAGAGUUGGGACUUUGAGUUGUGUGUGACACUUUCCUGAGGGUUUUCUUUAAUUUGUAAUGAAUUGUUGCAUCCCUUCAGCUGCAGCCCAAAGAGUUGGGUAUAUAUCAAUCUUUGCAACUAACUGUGGCAAUUUCUUACCCUCACAGGAGAAGGAUAAUGAAAAUUUACACUUGAGGAUCUUCAUGCUUUCUGAGAAGGUACACCAAUAAUCAGAUAGGUUUCCUCUGAAUUCCAUAUGUGCACCAUGUCCUAUCUUUCCCCAUGUUUGUGAAUGUGCUGCAAGUGUAUAAUUCACAAUCACCUCAUCAAUGUCAAACCACUGAAAGUGAGUCAAGAGAUGGAAAAAAUAAACACUGGUUGAGUAGUGGGCUGGAUUUCUGAUGAAGUAUUCACACCUGUAGUGGUUGGGUGGGGGCGGUGAUGCUCACCUGAUCUGUCACUAGCAUUGCUGAGCUUCCUGGAAGGGAGAUGGGCAAGGCAGUGCAGAGGCUGGCACGGUGCAAAUGCACCAGAAGGAACACUGGGUGUGUUUGUGCCAUGCUGGUGUGUUUACACCAUACUGCCUUUCUGCCCCUCGCCAGCCUGGUAAGCACAGUGAAAUUGGUGGCAGGAGGUCAGCUAAAUGACGCUGCUUCUCCCCACUGACCACUAUUGAUUUGCACAAUUGCUAUUGUCAGCUCUGCAUGGGCCCACCCAAUCCACAUUCUCAACAUGCCAGUUUGGGUGCAUGAACCAGUCUUCGUGUUAUGCUGGUCCUGAAUAACUGCAUCAGAUUUCCACUCUGAAAUGAAAUGGAAAUGGAAAUUGACACUGUUGCAUUAGUGUUCGUUCAGUCAUGUCAAAAGAAUCACUUUUUUAAAAAAAAUAAUGUAAUACAUCUAUUAUCUUCCUGGUGCUCAUCUUUCUUUGUUGUAUGCCUGUGUUGGCAGCACCAAAGCCUUUUUAAAGUAGGCAUGAAACAGCAUGCAUAUCUGAAUAUCUACAUUGUAUGCUCACUUGUUGUAGAAGUCAGUGUUAUGCUUGAAGCUCUAGCCUUUGACAGACCGCAGUCCUUUUCACUGCAUAGCUUUGCAGUUACUCUUUAAUUUCUACUGGAAUAAAUAUUAGUGUUAUUUGAUAGACAUUGUUCCACUCAGUCGUUCUGAAAUGGAUGUCUAAAGCAAAGCCAAAAAUGACAAAGCAGAUCCGUGAUGGUGAUUUCCCAUUGCUUUUGUUUUGCUUACAAGCACCCCCACUGGGACUUAGGGACACAGGGACACAGGACACUGCCUUGCACCAAAUCUGAUCUUUGGCCAACCUAACUUAGUAUUGCCUUCAGUGAUGUCCACAGCUCUCCAGGAUUCCAGGCAGAGGCCUCUCCCAGCCUUACCCGGUGAUGCCAAGGAUUGAACAUGGGCCAUUCCACAAGCAAACCAGACUCCACCAUUGAGCAACUGCCCUUACCUUACUUCCUGGAAGUUGAUAGAUGUGGCCUAAGUGAGGGGGUUUUACAUGUUCCUCCCAUGACAUUGCCCCAUUGAAACUCCUUCCUCCCCACCUUGAAGCUCCUCUUAACUAACUGAGAGAAAAGACCACUAAUUAGUGAAAGGAAGGAAGGAAGGAAGGAAGGAAGGAAGGAAGGAAGGUCCUUUAUUCGGAUCACCAGGGUCAUCUCUGAUUUGCCUUCUAAACACUGAGGUUGUGACAGAAUAGCAAAGAAGGUUUGGGCUGGCCAGUGCAUAUUGGUGAGACUGAAUCUGAAUAUUUGUGUGUUUUGUGCCCCAAACCAGAGCUCAGCGUUGACUGCAUCGAUGAAGAUCAACCAGCAGAGUUACCUGCAGCUCUGCUGCCAUGUCAACAAACUAAAAGUGAGUAAGAUUAUAGAACCACAAUAAUAAAGUAAGGUUGGAGGAGGAAGGUUAAAAGAAGUGCCCACUGAAAUUAAUACAAAAUACAUGGGGGACAAUACAUGGGCAAUUGAGAAAAGGAGAUAGCAGUAUUUGUGGCAUAUAUACGGGGGAAAUGAGAAGAUUUCACACAUCCCUGUUUUGUUCACCUCCACAUUUCCUGUUUAUGUGGAACUCCAAACAGAUGAAGUUCUUUUGCUGCACUAUGCUAAAGUCUUCUGGCUCUGCACGCUAACACCUGGGGAUGACAGAUACAGGGGGGCCUGUUGAAAAAGAUGGCAGUCCAAAAUAUCAUCAGGUCAUUUUCAUUUUGUGCCAUUGGGGAUUUGGAAGAUUUUGAGGAUGCAAUCCAAACCUCUCCCCUCGACCACAGGGCUGUGAGACCACAGCCACAUAUGCACCUCUGUGGUUCAUUGUGGCCAAGUUGGAAGGUGGUGUGUAUGUGUAGAAGAUCACUGGGCAGCCUAGAGCUGUCACAAAGAUGAGGCCCAGAUUGGGUCCAAUGCCAUUGUGUGAUGGUAGCGAGACUGGCUUCGAAUCCAAAAGAUCCCAUGCCUGCACAGCCCUUCUCCACCCCACUUUGGGGCUUUUGCUGGUUACUACUAAUGAGAAUUCCAUUGGCUUCACUGCUGUCUAGCAGGUGGAAGUGCUGCACCAGUGGAGUGACUCUUGUGUCACUCCGUCGUCAUCGGCUGGUGGAAGUCCAGCUUAGCCUGCAGAGCUGGGCAUAGAGACACCUCUACCCUACCCAACCUCAGUAGGACAUAAAGAGGGUUUGGAUGGCUCUGUUAGUGUCCAUCAGCUUUUUAGUUCAACGUGAAUACUUUAAAAUGACUUCAUCUAAAGUAAAGAUAUAUAAAUGUGUAUACUUUGCUAUAUAUUGGCACUCACAUGGAUUUCCGAUGAGAGGCACAAUCAGUUGAGAAGGUCUCCAGUACAAGCAACAUUGACAUGUUCUCUUGGAAGGCGACCAUUUCCUUCCACUGAGGAUUGAAUCUCUUGGCCAGAGUGGAAAAUAGAAGUCUUACUUGUGUUUGCUUCAGAGAUGUUGCCAACUGAAAAUUUAUAUAUUUAUUUUUAAUUAGAGAGAGCUCCAGGAAUGCAAACUGACCUGCGGUGAGGAGGAUGAAGUUUUUACAAAGGUAAACUUAAUUAUCAUAUACAUAGGAGACAGCUGAGCCAAAGUUAAGCAGUUCUGGGUUCCGUUGCUUUGGGCUAACCCUCCCAUUGAAAUCAAUUAGGCUGUAACAUACACAAUUUUGCCCGUGGGUUUAUUUAUUAUUUAUUUUCCUACAUUCCACCUCUCCUCCAAGGAGUCCAAGGUGCAUUUUUCCCUCCCCAUAUUAUCUGCAUAACUGUUACAGUUGCUACAAAUGGAAUCCCUGAUCUGAACUCAUGUGCAAAGUAGAAAAAAUGUUUCAAAGCUUCACUGGAAACAGUUUUAAAAUGGUUACAGAUAAACAAUAUAAGAUAUAAAAUAAUACCUCAAGGACCGCUUUUCCCCAUAUGAACUGACCUGAACCCUGUGAUUAUCAUCUGAUUAUCAUUCUAUGUCCUUUUAAAUGUGUUUAUGGGAGGGGAGUUUUUUGGUGUGUGUUGUUUUUUUUUUUAUUAUGUAUUUUGCGCUCUCAUUUUGUAUUUUUAUGUUGUGAACCACCCUGAGAUCUUUGGAUGAGGGGCGGUAAACAAAUUAAAUAAGUAAAUAAUAAAAUAAGUAAAAUGUUGCUGUUUAACAGCGAGCAAUGCAAUCCCAUCUUCUUUUUAGUCCUUAAUACUGUUUGAUAUACUUUCCUCUAUCUGGUCCCAGAGCGAGAUCCAAAGUAACUUGCUUCUUCAUCACUGCAGAGCUUAGCCGCUGCUGUGGCUGCUGUCUCCAUCAAUGGACUAAGACACUGAGUUUUCAUGUUUCAUCUUCCUGCUGUGAGAGCUCUCUGCUUGGCUUUCCAGUGAUGAGUCAUCAGUUAGCAUAAAGGCUGAACGGAAAACAUCCAACCUUUUCUGGCACAUUUGCCAGAGUGAAACCUUCUCCCUAAUGCAGACUUCUCUACUUUGCAAAUGCAAAUUUUAAAUUAGUUUUUCAAACUUCAGUGCAUACCAACAUUACUUUUUAUGCAAAUUAAACUUAUCUUUAGCGAUAACAAUCCUGUGAUGUAGGUUAGGUUGAGAGACAGUGCGUGUCCCAAUUACACCCAGUAAGCUUGAUGGCUGGAUUGGGAUUUGACCCCUCAUCUCUCAGGUCCUAGUCCAGCACUCUCUAACCACUGCACUAAACUGGCUGAAGCCGCUUCAUCCCAGAGAAGAAAUACCCAUCACUUCCUUCUCCUAUCUUCAGCUGAUUAAAAACUAUUUGACUUUUAGAAGACAUCUGAAGGCAGGCCUGUUUAGGGAAGUUUUCAAUGUCUGAUGUUUUAUUGUGCUUUCAAUAUUCUGUUGGGAGCUGCCCGGGGCGGGGGUAGUAGGCAAUGGAAGGUUGACAUUAAUCAGGCCCUCUUUCUUGUUCAAUGCUCAAUCCCAAAUCCCAAGGCUUUCAAACUAAAAGAUAAGAGGGCCAGAUUGAUUUUCAAGGUGAGCACCAGGCUGCUUGGCCGUGCCUAGUGGUGUCUGAUCUAUCCCUUGAAUAUUGAUGAAACACCUGGAAUUGGUAUGAUCAUACUAGGCAAAAAUUGUAAGUGUUCUGACUAAAAACCCAAGGCAAGAAGCAUUACAAGGAUGAGGCAAAAGAAAAAAGGCAUGUUCUUCUUUUCCAGAUGAAACACCAAAUCUGGGAACUGGAAGAGUAUAUACAAGAAUACAAAGUGAAAAUACAGGUAUCUGUGUGAAAUGCUUAACCAUUGAUGAACUGAAUAAGGAAAGCAACAGCUGCCUAAUUUAGGUUGCAGCACUAAACACACUUACCAGGGAGUAACCACAACUGAGCAUGGUGGGACUUACUUUUGAGUAGGAGUGCAGGAAAAAAAUUGAUUCAGUGUGUGUUUAAAGCUGAAUCUAUCACACUCACACUUUCCAAAACAACACGCAAACCAAAACACAAUUAUCUUUUGAAAUUUACACUUAUUCAAAUUUUGCAAUGCAAUUCUCCAGCCAAUGUUUACAAAAAUGCAUAUAUUUAGGGGAAGUGUGAAUAAAAUAUAGUGAAAAUAGCAUACAAAAAUGCAUCAUAUUCAGGAAUAUUGCUUGCAAUAAUGUGUACACUGAUGAAAGCUACAUGGAACAAUGUGUUGUUAGGAGAAAUUCACACUAAAAUGCUGAUAAUUUUUCAUGAGAAUUUUCUUUUCUUAAAAAAAUUACAAUUACUGUAAAUUGUGGAGAACUGAAUUUUAUAGUUGAAGAAUGGGCAACUGAGAGAACUGAAAUGGACACAUCUACCCCUACUUAUGAGUAAACAUGCAUCGGAAAGUACUGCUUUGUUUGGUAAUUAUGAAUAUUUGGAUUUGGUAUUUCCCCAUUGGUUGUUGGGGAGGAGAGGCCAUAAAAUGUCAAAGCAAGGAGUGCAUAACAAAGCAGAUGCAUAACAUCUGGAGGGCAGCACACCAGCUACCCAUGGAAUGUAUACAAAAUUGCUCUAGGUCUUGAUCUGUGGGGAUUAUCAGAGAUCUCUGGGGGGAGGAAGAAGAAACAGAAACUUGAAGGGGACUUGCUGAUUAUUUUGUUUUCAGGUUCUUCAGGACAGAGAGAAAAGCCUGCAGGAUGAGCUGUCAGCUGUUGCGAAAGACAAGGUUCGGUAAGACUCCUCUAUGAGUCCAAUCCUUUCUGCAACCAGUGUCAGUCCUUGAAGCAUGUCAGAUGAAUCAAAGUCAUGGUAAUUCUUCUAGUGAAGAGCACAGCUUUCAGCUGUAACAUAUGUAAUACUACUGAGCCAAAGAGACAGCAAGGAAUAGCUGAGGUUAUUUUAUGACUGCGAGUGGUCAAGGAAACAGCAGAUUCAUAUCAUUUUCCUGAGCUAUAUUUGAUGAGGCUGUGCCAGGGGUUGACCCAGAAGGUGCAGUCUACUAUCCAAGGUAUAAAUGCUGAUGGAAGUGAACCUUUGCAAAAUUCAAAACCAAUUUACUGGACCAAAGGCCAGUAAACUCAUCACUCUGUUUUUAUCUGGAUCCAUAGUUCACUCUUCACCAAAUAUAUUUCAAACCCCACCUUUCAAGUUUUAAUCACUCUGGUUGGCCUGCUCAUUCAUGAAUUGCUUAUGCCACCUAUGUAAUUUCACACAUACACAUCACAUGGUCUGGACUUAAACUGCAUUGGGCUAGGCUAUGACCUCAAUGUAAUUAUCUCUGGCCAGGCACUCUAUUCUUCUGUAACCCUGCUUUUCCCUGGCCAUGGACUCGUUUAUUUUAUGUAUCUCUGUCCCUCAAAAGACAACAGAAUUACCACAAGCGCUCCUCAAGACUGUCCCUCUAUCACACUACUUUUUCCACUUGCAAUGGUGUACAGUGGUACCUCUAGUUACAAGCUUAAUUCGUUCUGAAGGUCCGUUCUUAACCUGAAACUGUUUUUAACUAGAAGCGUGCUUUCACUAAUCUUGCUGCCGCUGCACCCCCGGCACACGAUUUCCGUUCUCAUCCUGGGGCAAAGUUCUCAACUCAAGGUAACUCUUCUAGGUUAGCAGAGUUUGUAACCUGAGGCAUUCGUAACCUGAGGCGUUUGUAACUCGAGGUACCACUGUACAUCUCAGGAAAAUGCCGGCAGUUUGCUUUGUGCUGAUGAAACAGAAUGACAUCAUAGGACUAACUAGAAGAGACUGCUCCUCCUUUUGUAAAAGGAAACUAUAUGGCUCCACAGACAGACUGUUUAUGGGCCAUCUUUGUGGUAAUGCAAGUGCUCUCAAAACUAUUCCAAUUUCCUCUUUCUUAUUCUCCAGACAUCCUGGCUACCUUUUAGCCAUCUGGCUCUUCAGAGUUCAGUUCAGUUCAGAACAGUCAGUAAUUGAUUUUAUGUAUGAUGAAAUGGCUGCUUGAAAGCUUGAUUCACUGUCAACCAUGAUCUGGGAAAUAAAUUCAUAAAUUAAAGGGAUUCCUCAUUUUCAGAAGCAUUUAUUAUGCACUUCCACAUUGGUCCUCAUAGUCAAAGGGAACUGCUUCAGAAAGAACCCACAGAGAAUCUACAUUGUAACUGAAAGAGCAUUAACUUAUUAGGAGUUAAAUUGAAAGUGUUUUACUUUGCAUCCUAAACUAUUAUGCAUGCACUUAGCCACUAGCAUUGCAAGAGAAACCUUUUUAAUCUUCUUUUUCCUUCAGUGAUUUGAUGUUGGGCCAGAUAUUGAGCUUGAACUCCAAUACCACAAACACCAUAUAUUUGUCUGCCUUGUUAAAUAUUUGGGAGGAGGGGAACAAUCUUUUAGUUCUAAUUCAUAGUCAUUAAAGGGAGUUUUAUCAUCAUGUACAUAUGUACUGAAAAAGGUGGGGCAGUCUAUCCUUUGCCACAUUUUAACCAUUAUAACCAAACCAUCCUGUUAAUGUGGAUGUGUUAUGCUUACAAUGUGAUCUUCAGUCAUUCUUGGAUUUUGGCACAUCCGGGCUCUGCAUGUAUCAUGUGUAGUAUGCUAUGUCAAAAUAACUUCAGGAUCAAUCCAUUCCUAGUCAGUUUCACACGUGUUUAUUCAUAAACCGAUUCCAUCAAUGUUUCCACAUUAAUCUCCUAAUUCCUUUCAAAAUAAAAGCCAUACUGAAUGCAAAUACAGAAGUGUACAUAAAUUCAUAUUUUAUCACAAAACAAUAUUCAAGCACGUCCAGUAUUUUAUUUCAAUGUAAAAUAUGUAUUUCCAAACCUAUUUUAUCCUAAAAUAUACAUAUUGGUACAUUAUUGGAGUGAAUAACUGUAUAGUAAAAUUGGGUGAAAUCUGAAAUAUAAUUAUGUUCUGAUCUCUGCAUUAGUCCCCAAGGAGCAAAGGAGGUCACUUCACUUAAAAUUGUGGAUGAAUUGAAAAUCUCCUACAUCCAUAUGUCAUAUAUUACAUGGUUCUAUCAUGAAAUGUUGGUUAGAAGGCUGCCAGCUCCCUCGGGGAGAGCCAGAAUCUGGCUUAUCCACGUGCCUUACAACAUUUUCUUCUUCAAGGAACCAGAGGAAAUUGUGCAUUGCCCUGUUUGGGACUGCAAAGAUGACACUCCUGUAAUUCAGAGAGACAGAAUAGCUGCUACAAAAUCUGCUAAUGAUCCAACCUUUUUUCAAUUAUUUCAGACAUCAGAGCAAGUUGCCAGGCAAGUUUUUGAACCUUCACCCAAAGAGCUUGAUGUAUGAAUUGGCCAGGGCUGAACUGGUCAGUAAUCUUGAUUUACCCAAUAAAGAGAAAGCUAUCUGGUCAGUCUUGUGAGCAUGAAUUUUAGUUCAUCGGUCAAUAAAAAGGAAGGUUUUGAUUUUAUGCUAUACAUAAAGUUGACACAGUUAUUGCAGCUGAACCCUGCAGGGUCAGGCCAGCAGCGUUGGCGGCUUGGUUGCCCCUGGUGUUUGGAUGUGAAGGUAGAGGGAAUGCUAUUUAACAGCUUCUGAAAGGAAGGAAACGUGUGUUGCAUGCUAUGUGGCCAAUGAAUGCAUCAUAAGCUCACAUUCUACAUCACUGAUGCUUUGUAGUAGUUCUCUUCUUAGAAAGCCAAGAAGAAUGCACUGUCCUACAAGUUCUGGCUUAUCAGCCUGAUCUUACGAUCUCUGCAGUGGCAGCAAAGUGCUGAAUCUGGUACAAGAGCUUAGCACUACUCCAAGGGAAUGUUUUGUCAUUUUGCUGUUGGUUUGUGACUCAAUUUCAGCCUCUGUGCUGUGUUUCAAUAACCCCCCUCCCAAACAUAGGUGUGGCACUUUUGCUGUUUUGCUAGCAUACUGGUUAUAUACCUUCAGCAUUUGAGGCAGCAUGCCUCUGAAUGCCAGUGGCUGAGAAAUAACAGUGGUAAGGAAUCUCACUGGCCACUUUAGGAAACACAGUGCUGAACUAAAUAGGCCUUUAGGUUGAUUCAGAAAGGGCUAUUCUUAUUAUAUAUUGCUCAUCACAAGCGGUUAAAAUAGCCAUAGGUGCUGUUCUACCUGCUGUAGUGCAAACUUGGGCUUGCCUCACAACAGCUGGCAUGUGUGACUCACUUUGGAGAGUCACACAAUUUAGAACCUUAAAACUCCCAGUAAUGAACUGCUUUGAGUUCCUUGUUCAUUUACUACUACAAGCAUAUGUGUGAUGAAGGGGUAACUUUUUCCAACUAUCUUUUUAACUACAGGAAGAAAAAAUGCGAAGAGAAGAGAAAUUUGUGAAGAAACAGCUUUGUGGUGGUAGGUUAGUGAUGAAAAUGUUUACUAUUUGUCACCACCUUCUCACUUUUUAAAAACACUCACCCAUAAAUGUAUAACAAUGCAGACAUUUGCAGCAAUAGCCUCUGGCUUGUAUUUCAUAUAGUCAUAUUACUUUGGGAAAUGGGAGUUUGUCCCCAUUAUUUAUGGUGAGACUGUGUGAGACUUCUGCUUGGAUUUUCAUAACUCUAUGAUUAACUGGUUAUGGUACCAAAUUCCAUAAAAUAACCAGAAUCCAGAGGUGGGUUUUACCUUUCAUCCAUGGCAGUACUGCCUGUUCCAAACAAUGCUGGGACUUAACAAACCCAGCAAGAUUCUGUUACAGGUUUGGAAACCUUCAUUAACCACAAAACUGUGAAAGUACCACUGGCAAAAGGGAAUAAGAGAAGAAGAAACUCCAGAUGCUAAACAGAGGGCAUUGAAAAGUACAUAUGAAUACAGACAAUGCAAAUAAAUAACAAUGACUUCCUUCCACCCAUCAAGAUAUGUGGAAGAAGUACUGAUGUGUGUUUUUUCCAAUGGUUGUCUAAUAUUGAAACUGUCCAUUUUCUGAUGUGGAGUAAUUAAUGUUAGAAUUCCUGCUCCAUGAUUGCAGUCAUGGGAUUGUUGUCUAUCACAUGAUGGUGUAUGUUUUGACUCCACAGAGUGGGAAGUGAUGAAGACAGGAUGUUUGUGUUACUGUGUUCCGUAAAGUGGGACUAUUGUCCUUUGUGCUUUUUCUCUUUGCUGUCUGAUGCUUGAGAGAGAGGGAGCCAUGUUGCAGUGCUCCAUGUGUGUUUAUAUGUAAAUAAAGUAGAUUAGCCAAAAUGCUGAGUUGCUGAGGUCUGUUACGCAAGCUGCAAAGACUCUGCAGAUCCCUAAGUGUGCCGGUGUCUGUUGGCAUCGGUUGCUGUGAUGUUCGGGUUGAAGAAAGCUUUUGAAGCUCCCAAACGAACGACCAGGAGGGAGAGAACAUGCCAGUUGGGCAUGUGUCUCUACCAGGGUCCUACUCAAGUGUAGGAUGAGCUCCUGACAAUUAAUAGGUAUAACAAAUGAGCAAGGUACAUGGAAGGUAUUAUUAGGUGUGACCAGCCCUGUCCACCUGGUAUUCCCAGGCAUGCUACUUAGCAUCUUCUACAAAUCAGGCCCAUUCAAGGUAAAAUGAAAGACACUGUCAAACUAGGAGAUGUGUACAAGCAAACAUGUAACUGGGCAUGGAGGGUACAGGGAUGGGUGAAGCAGCAAAGCAUAUUGUUCAUAAUCUCUGAAGCAUGUUCUGAAGUACUUAACAAUUAUCAUCUCCAACUUCCAGUGAAGAAGGCUAGGGUGAGGAAUACUGACUUGCUCUAAAGUGGCCUCCCAAUUUUUCUCACAGGCCCAUAUAAGUUCAGCACAAACAGUUGGGCCUGGUGAGCAUUUAAGGUCCCCAACUCUAAUCUGCAGGUUGCCAUGUGAUUGGAUUUUAUUCUGAUCCUGAUGUGAUUUGAGGAUGUAUUUUAAUUGAUUGUCUGAUUUUAUGUUAAUGUGUUAUACAUUUGAUUUUAGCCGCUCUGAGCCUGGCUUCAGCUGGGGAGGGUGGGAUAUAAAUAAAAUUUAUUAUUAUUAUUAUUAUUAUUAUUAUUAUUAUUAUUAUUAUUAUUUCAAAGAACUUUAUUAUUGCAGGGAUUUGAACAUGAUUCUGCCACAUUCAAAUAAAAAAUACUAGCCAUGGAACCAUACAGAUAGGAAGGAAUCGAAUGGUCCAUUGCCAUGUUCAUCUUAGGCUAUUGUGGUAUUAGAUGUUUAAAUAAUGGUGUUUGUGUUACAUUUUCCUCAUCUGUAAUUGGAAUGCAAUGUCAGCCUUGAUUGGCUUGAAUGUAUCUUCAUUUUCAGCCAAAAUGGAUUUCUUCCAGUUAAACGCAUUACAAAACCAACAAUCAUAAUGUGCUCAGAUAAUACGAAAGGGCCCCACAGUGGUGCUUUUAGUGUCACUUGCUAAAAACCCUUGGAGUCAAUUCUCCUUCAUUAAAAGCCCAAAGUUCUCUCUGCUUUGAGUGACAACCUUUCGGAACCUGCUUAUGUGCUCAUUUUGCCCCAUCAACAGAUUGUCACUUGGGACCAAGAGAGGACAAUGUCACCCUGCCUUGUCUUUAUAAACUGCAGGCCUCUCUUUUCUUAUUUCACAGGACAAAGAUCACCUGGGUCUUGAUAGGCUUGUGGCACUUUGCUGGUGUCCUGCUGGUGAUUGUCUUGACCAUCCUGCUAGUCACCGUCUUCAUCCUCACUGCCUGCCUUUCCAAUCACACAGUGACAGAGGCAUAUCAGCGGCCUGUGUGGCAGUUCCUGGACUAUUACAUCCAACCAUAUAUGCAACUCUACAGCACCGGCAUCUUACCAAAGUGACCUCAGGAUUGGAAGAAGCUGCCGACUAGAGAGAGCCUGUCAUUAUAAUGUAUCUCAGAGUGUGGAUAAAGCUCAUAACCUAUCAA